AUGGGAGCCUCUAUCCAAGGCUCCACAAGGCCUGUACUUUUCUCUAUUGUUGGCAUCCUCAGCUUGAUCAUUCUCGUGCUCGGCAGCAUAUGGUUCUACCGGCUGUACACAACCCGCGGAUUCCACCUCACCGAUUUCGAACGCUUAUCGAAAGAAGCCCGCCACCUCGCCCAAGAGACAGACAUAAUCCGCAAAGACAUAUUAUGUGACUCCUUCACUUCCGAGGAGUCCGUCAGAAUCGCGAACAUGGAGCAUACCAAGGCAGCGGAGGACCUAGACUGCGGGAUCAGAAUCGCGCUGAGCGCGUGGGAGGAUAUCAUGCAGCCCGAUGAGGGCGAUGCGUUGGAUGAGGAGGCUGCCGUUGGUGGGAUGGGGAGUAUGGGGAGGAAGGUGGAGAGGAGGCUGAGGGAAAGGAGGAAGAGUCAUGGACGGUAUGUGAUUGGGUUGAUGAGGGGCAAGGCGAUGGAGGGAUUGGAGAGGAGGAAAGAACUUAGUCGUGGGUUGCAGGCUAUGCAUUUGGAGAUUUUGUCGAGGAAAACCGAUGUCGCGUCCAGUCUUGCGAACUACCGCUUUGCAAGCGGCGGCAGUAAAAGCAGUAUUAUGAGGAAAGCAAUGCCUAAAAAGUUCCGCUCGCACUUUCAUCCACGACCUGAUUCCAGGAAAUCUGCACGACCCUCGUCGCCUCUCACUCAGCAGCACACACCCGAACCAGAAGCAGAACCCAUGUCGCCGACAGCCACGAGUGCCAUGCUUCCUUCAAUAGAAAAAGAUGAAAGCUGUCCUGCUCCAGGUGACAAGUCUCGUGAUGAGCUGCUCGGGUCGGUGCAGAAGGAGAACGUGCAGAAGCAGGAUAGCCGCAUCCAGGUACGGUUUGCAGCAGUAAAGGAUGUUUGA